AUGUCCAUGAACGACGACGAGGAAGACCUUCGCUUUCAUGUGCAGCAUCUGCUGCACGACUAUUCUCUAGCUCACUAUACGACCGACUAUGUAGCGUUCACCAUAGACGUGGUCGCGGAGUUUUUGCAGCAGCUAGAGCUCGUCCCACUCACUGACCCCGCAUCCCUACUGAUCCCUACUGAUCCCUUCGCGACGUUGUCUCAGAUGUACCAGCUCGAAUCUAUCCCCCCAUACGACGAAAUACCACAGACAACUGUUGAAGCAUACGAGUAUAUAAAGCGCACUUUGAAAACACGCCCUGGAAAACCGAAAUCUGAGAGAAUUGUCGAGGACGAUGAUUAUUCUUUGACUUUUGAUCGACCGAUGUCCCCCAUUUUAACCUCUAAAUCCCGCCGAGAAACGCCCACGCUCGGAAAGGGCAAAGCCGCACGCGCCGCGCUCUCAUCCUACAAGACCAUCUUCAAUAAACACAAACUGACUGAAAUCCCGGUAGAGCCAGUGCCGGAAGUCACUAUACCCCUCGAAGAAGCAUUAAAUCUGUCCUGGAAAUUAGGCCCCGAAGAGGACGCAGCCGUCCUGUCGCUGCUCAAAAAGACAGCGGACAUGAAUCGGCAUCAGAAGGACUACAAGAACCCGUACCUAGACCCAGCCCAAUGGUGGGACUCGCUAGCAUUGAUUGAGCCGCCCGACCCGCCGUUUAUUCCUAUAUUUCCAAGGGGUAAAAUGCCGAGGUCUGGUCAACCGGUUGACCGGAGCAAGCAGGAUCUAAAGGACGUGUCGGACUUGCCCUUGGUGAUUAUAAGCGAGGCGAAAGUCGAGGUUGAAGACGAUUUGAGCGUGCAGAAUAUGAUGGUCGUGGAUGGUUGGCAAACUAUCAGCUCAUCGCCGCCUUCCACGAUCUCGACUCCCAGAUCGAGUCAGGAAGAGGACCAAUUGGAUGAGCUCUGGUUUCCAUCUUCGCCUGAUACGGAGCCUCCUUUGGUUGAACAAGUAGAGAACGCCAAGAUAGAGGUAAUACAAAUGCCCAGAUCACGACGGAUCGGUGGCAUGGAAGGUUUGACCAAGCAUGUCGCCGCUGGAAAAACCAUGGGUUCUUUUCUACUCCCUCUAAUCUCGCGCACAAGUCCAAGCAACCCUCCUCCUGAAAGCCCUCCUCACUCGCCCGAACCAGCGACGUCUCUCAUCGGUCAGCCUCCCUCUGCAUUGGACAAUGCUAACGACAAGGAACCAGAUGCAAACGACGAUCUUGAUACCGAGCUGAGAAGAUUGUACACCACCACAAACCCCGCCGACUUGAUCAUGAACGAAAAACUCGAUGAAAAGAAUGACCUUUUGAUGGAUGGUGAGAGUCAUAUUAACCGCUUCACCGUCCGGUUUAUCAGAUCCUUCCAAGUUCCCACUCUCCGGCAGCCUAAUCUUCACCCCCCUAACGACCUCGUCCUUCCCACCUCCCUACCUGAUCUUGCCUUCCCAGUCAAACGACCUGGGGAUUCCAAAGCGAAGUUUCCCCAUCCGUUGAAGAAAGCAAAAGGUCGACAGGCGCUGACGGUAGCCUUGUCUUGGAUCCCGUUCACCGCUGAGAAAAAGCUACCAACAAUCCCUGAACUCAUCGAGGUUGAUUCCUUGUUCGAGGACGGCCAUCCUAUAUCUCAAGACGUCGAAGUCUGCAUUGAUCGGGCUUCUGUGACUGAUUCAGAUUCGCAAGACGCAAGUAAUAAGUUCUGGGACAGCUUUGUCACUCGCGGAAACCGAUAUGAACCGCCCGAAGCGGACUUCAAGAUGGAGCUCAACAGAACUGAACGUUUGCGGCUCGCAAGGAUCCAAGGAAACGAGACGCACGCUAUGGACGUGUGCGACGACGCUGUCGAUCAAACACGAGACGAUUGCGAAGAAGAAGUCCAAGACAGCAGUGACUUUGAAAGCUUCAUCAAGCGACCUCACAAACGCGCUAGGCUGACUGGCCCUUCUCUUGCGCAAAACUAUCGCUCGGGUAACGAUACUGAUGACGCCUUGCCAGCGCCCUGCUCUCCUCAGGGUAAAGAGCUCAGCCAACAGAUGUUCGACGACAAGGAGAACUGGCCGCCUUCUUCUGAGCCUUUAUUCUAUCCUGACGAUUCUGAUCCCAGUUUUAAUCAAGGCUAUGACUUUGAACUUGGUCCUAUCUCGCCGCUCCCUGUGCAGAUGGACGAGGGUCCUGAUUUCGGUAAAGAACAACUCGAUAAUUACGCUAGCUAUUCGACGUCAAGAGACCCAACGAUUAAUGAUAUCUCAAAGCCUCAAGAUUUGGACGAAACAAUCACUGUGGACGGAAACCUUGAACUACCACCUCCCAAAACUGCUCUUUCAUUCAAAUUUGAACCUCAAAUCGCUACUCACACUCUUGGCAUCGCCUCCUUCGCUCAACUGCGGGCUAGAAAUAUUCUUGACCCUGGUCCGGCUCCUGAACCUAUUGCUCCUACCUCUCAAGAUGUAUCUCCAGAACUACUGGAAGUGCGCAGUGCUCCUUCUGAUAUAUACGACCGAAACACGCUUAGGCUUCCUGAUGUGCGACAACCGCCGAUCACGGCUCAUCGGUACAUGAUGUCUCUUGAGCUCCUUCAAAAACAAACACUGGUCCGCGCUCUUCGUUCUCCCGCAUGCAGCAUCGACCUCGUAGAGCGCGAUAUACUCAAUGGCGUCGACCUCAUCUUGGACCCGUUCACAGCUAUCAUCUUCGUACCCCUUCUCUCGCUUCCUUCUCAGUGCGAAUCCGUCGUCCAACAGGUCUCCUACCAAUCCUGGCACUACGCUCGCCUACUUGUCGUGUUCGAAGCCUAUCCUGAAUCUUCCUCAGUGCGACCUUCGAAAGGGAUUGUAUCGGAUCUGUACGCUUAUACCCCGCCCGUGUUGAAAGCCAUUAAGAAGUUCCGACGUGAUGUCAGUAUUGCUGAGGCGUGUGGGAUGAAGUCGCCGUCUUUAAUGGUACAGUAUGCGUUUGCGGAUCAGGUUCAAGAGACUGCGCUGUUUGCGAGGUUGUUUGGAGAUGAGGCGGAGCGGAGGGAUCAAACUCAGGGCGCGAUUUGGGGAAGACGUGAAUGGUUGGAUGAGGAAAUUUCGGAGACGAGGCAAUGUGACGUACUGGAGUUAUAUGCCGGCCGCUGGAAAGUUCAAUGUUGGACUUUGUUAAUUAGAUACGGCGAUUUCCAUUGUGCUUGUUGUUGUGUUUCAUUGAAAUUCAACACUCUCACCGUCGUGUCCAACAUCCUCCAAUGGAUUCCAAUGGCUUUCGCUGAAUAUACUUGGCCCAUGCUUACCCCUGAUACCAUCCAAUAUGGUCCGAUGAAUUUCAAAUCUUAUCUCCACAAAUCGGACUUGGAGGCGGUUGCUCAUGCGCUCAAAAUUGACUCCACUGGUACCGUGAAAGUCUUGAUUCCCCACAUCAUCGCGCAUCUCGAUGGCCUUCCCAUGCGCGCACGUUUUUGCGGAGGGUCGUUCCUGGGGAUGAUGGGGAACGGUCCGAACGGAGCGCAUUAG